UUAUAAAAAAGUAGUGGACAUACCGGUCUAACCGGUGCGUCUGUCGGCGAGAAUCACGCUGUAAAAAUCUAAAAACGCGAAUAAAAAAACUAAACCAAACGAAUAAUCAGACGAGGAGAAGCGCACCGGAGGAACCAUAGAGUCGACCAACACAAAGCUUAGAUGAACGGUGAGUUGACUUCUCUCCGAUAUUGACCCAAUCAUCACUCGCCACGUCAUAGGUUUACUUUGUCCCCUGUAAUCCAUCACCUUCUCUGUCUCUCCCCCAUCGAAAAACCUAAAUCGAUCGCCGCCGCCUCCGAUCUAACAUCCGCCGCCGUCGAAUCUCCCGGAAAACUUCAAAAUGGACUUCAGAAUUGAUAAUGGUGAUACUGAUGCUGCUGGGAUGAUGAUGGGGAUCCAUAAUGAGAUGGGUGAAAGCUCUGGUCAAGCAAUGAUUGAGCAAGAUGAUGAAAACCAUAAUGAGAUUGGUGAACACUCUGGUCAAGCAAUGCCUCUUGAGCAAGAUGAGAAGGUAGAUCUGGACUCUAUCCCUCUGGAAGUUGCAGAUAUGGCGGAUGAGCCUUUUGUUGGACAGGAGUUUGAAUCUGAAUCAGCUGCACACGGGUUUUAUAAUGCUUACGCUACAAAAGUAGGGUUCGUUAUUCGUGUCAGCAAACUGUCACGGUCAAGGCAUGAUGGGUCUCCCAUAGGAAGGCAGCUUGUUUGUAACAAGGAAGGGUACAGGUUGCCUAACAAGCGUGACAAGGUUAUUAGACAAAGAGCGGAAACAAGGGUUGGGUGUAGAGCAAUGAUUUUGAUUAGAAAAGAAAAUUCUGGUAAAUGGGUUAUCACCAAGUUUGCCAAGGAGCAUAAUCAUCCUUUGAUGCCUGGAAGGGUUCGAAGAGGUUGCAUCUAUGAUCAAUAUCCGAACGAGCACGACAAAAUCCAGGAGCUGAUGCAGCAGCUAGCUGCAGAGAAAAAGAGAGCUGCUACGUACAAGAGGCAUCUGGAGAUGCUGUUUGAACAUAUCGAACAGCACAAUGAAGGCCUUACUAAAAGAAUCCAACACAUAGUAGACAAUGUGAGGGAUCUGGAACAGAGAGAUCAUCAACAGAACCAAGUAUAGUUUGUUUUUGGUCUCAGGUUGUUUUCUUGUUCAUUUUUCACCAGCUUGAUUUAGGAGAUAGAUCUUCUCUUCUGUAUUCCCUAUAUCCUCUCUUUUAAUAAAGAAUUUUCUUGUCAAAAAACAAAAGAGCUUGCAAUUGCCUUCAACAAAUUUUUGUUUGGAUGUUGCA